AUGCUUCCACUAUUUAUUUUGUUUUUUCUUCUUUUUCUUGUUGUCCUGCUGUUGUUCGCACUCCGCAGCAAUAGACCGCUGCCUUUACGACCAUCAUCAAAGGUGUUGCUUGUCAUCGCUCACCCUGACGAUGAGACCAUGUUUUUUGCACCAGUGUUGCGAGCAUUAAGUGCUGCCAAUCAUCGUGUCUUCAUUUUAUGCGUGUCCAAUGGGAAUUUUGAGGGGCUGGGAAAAAUCCGUAACAGAGAGCUACAAGAGGCGGUUCCAUUCCUUGGCGUUACAUCAUCAGACGUCACUGUACUGGACUAUGAUGCUUUCCCAGAUGGGGGACAGUGGGAUCGCCAAGCAUUAAGCAAUGUUCUGCUCCGGCACAUUGAGGUAAAAACAGCUGUUCUAAAUGAAGAGACAUGA